UAUUUGAAUAUUGAUGCUCCUGCAGCCACCAGCUUACCGUGUUGUUGUUGUCUGACAUCGCUCUACCGAGGAUCUCUACCACCGACCCGAGACCACCGACAUGUCCCCGCCGCUGAAGCCGUUCUCGGUGCACCACGAAGGACCGUGCGGCUGCUGCGGGAGAGGACGCCCGCGCGCAACGCUCCAUCAGCGGCCUCCAUUGCAGCGGCUCUCCGCUGCUGCGUGGCCGGGGCCAGGGCCGGGGCCGGGCUCUCCGCCGGCGAGGAGGCGCCUCGCGGCGGCUGCGGACGAUGGGGGGAAGAUCACACAUCCCGGAAAGGCCAUCCUUGCAGGUGGGAUUGCAGGAGGCAUCGAGAUCUGCAUCACCUUCCCCACCGAGUAUGUGAAGACUCAGCUGCAGCUCGAUGGGAGAGCCAACCCGCCGCGGUACAGAGGAAUCGGUGACUGUGUGAAGUUGACUGUACAGGAUCACGGUCUGAGAGGGUUGUAUCGAGGUCUCAGCUCCUUGCUCUACGGAUCGAUACCCAAGUCUGCAAUGAGGUUUGGCACGUUCGAGAUGCUCAGCAACCCGAUGCGAGACGCCACGGGCCGGCUGGACAACACGCGCAGCCUGGUGUGCGGUCUGGGAGCCGGCGUGGCGGAGGCCAUCGUGGUUGUGUGCCCCAUGGAGACGCUUAAGGUGAAGAUGAUCCAUGACCAGUGUUCCCUCAGACCUCGAUACAGAGGCUUCUUUCACGGAGUCAGUGAGAUUAUCAGAGAACAGGGAGUGAGAGGGACGUACCAAGGUCUGACGGCCACCGUGCUCAAGCAGGGAUCCAAUCAGGCGAUCCGAUUCUACGUGAUGAACGCGCUGCGCAACUGGUACAAAGGCGACGACCCCAGGCGAGACAUCCACCCGGUCGUCACGGCGACGUUUGGAGCCACGGCGGGAGCUGCCAGUGUUUUUGGAAACACGCCCCUGGAUGUGGUGAAGACCAGGAUGCAGGGUUUGGAGGCCCACUGCUACAAGAACACCGUGGAUUGUGCCUUUCAGAUCUUGAAGCACGAAGGGCCGCAGGCGUUCUACAAGGGGACCGUUCCCCGGCUGGGCCGCGUGUGCUUGGACGUGGCCAUCGUCUUCGUCAUCUACGAGGAGGUCGUCAAGCUGCUGAACGGCGUGUGGAAGACCCAGUAGAGGCGGCCCGGAGGUCCGGGCCACGUGAACUCCUCUCUCGUAGUUCUGACUCGCUCUCUGCGACGCCCCGAAGCCGCCGCCCCAUCGGCACGGAGACGAGUGCGGCCGCUCGCCACACCUCUACGCGUUUCUCCGGGUCGUACUCAGAACUUUGUGUUGUGAAGAGAAAGAUACGGACAAAGACAAAUGAAGGAUUUUUUUAAAAAUAAGUCUUAUUACCAAACAACAUCGGUGUAUGUAGAGAAGAAAACACACGGAUUAUUAAACCAAAGGUUGACAUUAGAGGGGG